CUUCAAUCGAAAAAAAGAUAAUUAGAAAAAGAAAAAAAAAAAGGUAAAUCCCAAACCGCCUUCCCCGAAACGAACCACAGCGACCCUCAAUUAUAUUCAGAAACCCUAAAACCUUUCUCUCCGUUGUAACCCACUCGUCUGCGUCCCCAUCUCAUCCCUACUUUCCACAGGCACCAAAUCUCUCUUUCUCUCACGCGUCUCUUUGUGAUCGUUGUCUCAGUUCCUCGAACGCUUCUUUAAUCGUCUCCUGGUCUAGAUCUCCAUCUUAGCAGAAGGAUUUCACUUGUCUCUCGUUUGGAUGUCUACUGCUUUGGAUAUGUCGCUUGAUGACAUGAUUAAGAACAGCAGGGGUAAUCGUGAGAGAACUAGAGGGGGUAGGGCCCCUCGUGGCCGUGGUGGACCACGUGGGUCCUUUAAUGCUGGAAGGAUGGCAGCUGGAAGAAUUCCAGGUGGAAGAAUGACAGGAGCAGUUCGUAGAGGUCCAAUCCCAGUGAAUACUCGGCCAUCCUCGUAUACCAUUGCCAAGUCUACCCGCCGAACCAAGCGUUUCCCAUGGCAACCUGAUUUGUUUGAAGACAGCAUUAGAGCUGCGGGGAUAUCAGGGAUUGAAAUUGGCACAAAGUUAUAUGUUUCCAACUUGGACUAUGGAGUGACAAAUGAGGAUAUAAGGGAACUUUUCUCUGAGAUCGGAGAGCUGAAACGAUAUGCGGUACAUUUUGACAAAAAUGGCCGUCCAAGUGGUUCUGCUGAAGUGGUUUAUACUAGAAGAAGUGAUGCAUUUGCAGCAUUGAAGCGGUAUAAUAAUGUCCUAUUGGAUGGGAAACCUAUGAAGAUUGAGAUUGUUGGUGCCAAUGCAGGGAUGCCUAUUUCGGCUCGUGUGAAUGUGACAGGAGCGCAUGGAAGGAAGAAAAGGACUGUUGUAAUGACGCCUGGACCUGGUCGUGGUGGUGGCUAUGCUUUGCCUAUGGUUAAUCGUGGUUCUGGGCCUGAUGGUGGUGUGUUCAGUCGGUGUUUUAUUCUUGUGGUUUGCUCCUUGGACCUUGUAUUUCUUGUCUUGUUUUGUACUCCUUUCUUUGUAUCUUGUACAAAAAGUUGGCGCCUGAACAUGAGAAGAAUUAGGGUUUUGAAGGGGGCAUGAUCAAAAUAUUUUGUGGCUGGGAUUCGGGUUAUACAUGCAGAGAAUGAAGAAAAUGAAGGAGAAGAAGACUCCCAGGCACCAAAUCUAGCAUUCCUUAGGCAUCACACAUAGGCUGAGUUGCACAAACAGUAGAAGAUUACUAGGCAUCAUACCUAGUGUUCCGUAGGGAUCAUAUUUGGGCUGAAUUGCAUAACCUAGUGUUCCACUAUUCAGCUGCGCAUCAUCAUAAGGCUGAAUAGUAGAACACGAUUGAAAAGAAAAGUGUUAUGGCUGCUGCACUUCCUCAGAACUUGGCCAUUGAGUUGAGAAGAUCAGACCCAUAUAGGGCCUUUAUUCUUAAUAAAAAAAUGUACUGGGCUUUUUAAAUGUGAAAUUACUAGAGCAAAUUAUAACUCCAUAGCACCAGAAUCAUGUAGACAAAUAAAUGCUGUGACUUACUGACUGAGGGAAGUCAGGAUUUACGGUAACAACUCAAUAAUGACUGUAGUAGCCUAGCCUAGCUUAGAAAUGUAACCUAAGCUGGCUUGCUCUUAAAGCUUUAUUUUUCCUUGAUCUUCAUGCAUCCUUCGUCUCUAUCUUUCUCUCUCUCAAUUUAUUUAAGAUUCUGUAAAUUGGUAUUAAGAAAGUGAUUUGUGCAAAGAUUUUGUUGAAGGAAAAAAUAAUAAAUUCUGGUAUAUAGGCUAGAGAUCCAAAUUUGGGAACUUCAACUGAGAAGUCCUAGACUGGUUACAAAUGCCAAAUACUCAUUCAGAUCAUAUGGGAGGGUCCUAUUGGAAGUUGAUAAAUUCCAAGUUAGUCAGUUUGAUUGAGCUUUAGGUGAUUCUUGUUUCUCUUUUUGGAUGGGCUCAACAGACAUUAUCUUCAACCACUAAUUUCUAUGGAACUUAAUUAUAGUUAUUUUGC